ACCACCGCUUAUCUUCAUCCACACUUUAAGGAAUCAUGGAGGUUUCAACAUUAAAGAAAAUGAUAGAUGAUUUGUGUCUCCACGAAGACGUUCACGUAGGAAAAACAAGUCUCAUCAUUGAUGGUAAUGCUCUGUACUAUUUUUUGUAUUAUACAUCCGAUCCAAAGCUGGACCAGCGCUGUGGAGGAGAUUAUCCCGGAUUCAAACAUAAGGUCUGUAACUUCUUUAAGACUCUGCAGGACUGUGAAGUCAAUCCGUACGUCAUCCUGGAUGGAGGCUCACACACCGAGAAGCAUGAAAAAAAUGUGUCUCGUCUGAAAUAUAAACUGAAAAAAGCAAAGACAAUAGCAGAGACUGAGCCUGAUGGCACUUUACCAGAAGGAUAUAAUGUGUUACCCCCUUUGGUCAAAGAUGUCUUCAUAGAAAUCUUAAGAGAAAAAGGAAUAGAGUUUAAAGUGUGUUUAGGAGAGGCAGACCCUGAGGUUGUUUCCGAGGCAAAUCAGAAACAAUGUGCUGUGCUGUCCAUUGACAAAGAUUUUUACAUCUUUGAUGUGCACAAAGGUUUCCUUAAUCUCCACAAUUUUGAGUGGAAAAAAGAAGAGGAUGGAAAGAUUCCUGCUAAGAUCUACACACGUUCAAAGUUUUGUCAGCAUUUUAAAUUGGACCCUGCUCUCAUGUCAGUCUUUGCUUCAAUAGCAGGAAAUGAUUAUUCAAGAUUAGAAGACAAUGGUGCUUUUGCAAAGGAAUCAUCUUCACCUGGUGAGUACAGCAUUAAAAGACUGGAUGGUAUGCUCGGCUUUUUAAGUAAAGUGAACCUGGAUGGCUUGGACGACUCACAGAAGAGAGAACGUGCUCUGAGUGAAGCUUUAAAUCAUGUUGGUAAAAAAGAGAACCAAACAUUCAAACUCGCCAUUAAAAAAUAUGUUAAACCAGAAAAAACAAGUUCUAAGUUGCCACCAUGGGUGUGUGAAAAAGUUGAGCGUGGAGAACUCACCAGUUUCACCACAAGUGUUGUGGAUCAGAAGACAAUUCUGCUGACCCCACUUGUGGAGGACUUUUCACAGCGUAGUAGUUACAAAGCUGCUUACCGCAUCAGACAGUACUUCUAUGGACUGUUAACAGGAGGUGAGAUGUGCACUGAAUAUGACAGGGAUGGAGAAGAGAUCAAAGACUACCGUGUCCCAUCAAUACUUCCCAGCAGUGAUGAACAGAAACAACUGAAACUACAGCGUCUGCAUAAGGCUCCUGAGGGUUUGCGUCGCAGGGUGUUUGAACAAGCUCUGCAGGUUCAGACUUCAGACUUAGAAAACAUCCCCGACCAGCUGAAGCUGCCAGUCUGUGUAACUGUUUUCUGGUUUAAGAAGCUACAACACCAUUCAAAACCUGAAACUGUAAACUGCCUCCACGCUCUCCUGCUGUGGUUUGUGUGUGAGCCCGAUGGUCCAGAGGACGAGUUUGAGAAGAAGAUGAAAGCUUUAAAGGAUGAAGGUGUGAGUAUCUGGCAGCCACGUGUGGCUCAUGCUUUCAGCCAAUGGCAGUGCUGCAUGAGGCAGAGCCUCCACCUGAACCAGCUGCUGUGUUCCCCUCUACCAGAACCUCAGUGUGUCCGACUUUACUGUGGACCCCUCCUUCAUCGGCUGGCAGAUGAAGACACAAUUAAACAACUACAGAAAACACUGAGAGGAGAAAAGAAGGAAUUAUCUAAAAAUUUAAAGACCAUUCUUAAUCCAACAACUACCGAGGAGGGUCCCUCAAGUGAGGAAGAAUGCUAACAACUGCAGAAGACUGAGGAAGAGGAGAACUCGGAUGAAGAUUCCAAAAUCAAUCUAGACAACACUACACACAUUGUGGAAACAACUCUGGUUAUUGUUGACUGCACUCAGAAAUGUGCAGCUAGAGACUCCAGAAACCAUGAUCAAAUGCAUUCCAGGAGCAACAGCACCUGACAUUGAGGCUAAUCUGAAACUGUUGGCUAAAUGUAGAUUUGGAAAGAUUGUAAUUCACAUUGGCAGUAAUGAUACCCAGUUACAGCAAUUGGAGGUCACUAAAAUUAGUGUUGCAUGAUUUUUUAACUUUGCCAGAACAAUGUCAGAUACUAGCAUUCUCUGGUCCCCUCCCCAAUGAGACUAUGCUGUUAAACCACUGUGUGUCUGAGUGGUGUUCAUAAAACAGUGUGGAAUUCUUAGAUAACUUGCAAACCUUCAGGGAAAACCCUGGUCUUAUUGAGGAAGAUGGCAUACAUCCCACUUUGCAUGGUGCAGCUCUCUUUUCUAGAUGUCUGGAUGAAUUUAUUCAGAAUUAAAACCAGAAAACAGAGUUAGGGUCUUACACGCACCUCUGAACAGUUCCUCGUCCUGUCACCCACCCCCAAAACCCCGUCCUCACCGAGGCUGUGACUCCGUAACACCAAAAACCAAAACAGCUAAAUGUGGUUUACUGAAUUUAUUAUUUUUACAGUAGAAGUUAAGAACACAAAGAAAUGCAUUGACACAGUUUCAAGACAUCGAUGGCUUCCUUUCCUCCUCCCUCCUUUUGCUGAACUGAACCGAAUCAAAUUUAGCAGGAUGAAUCUGAAGAAAGCAGGAACAUGGAUUGCUGUCCGGUGUUUAAUGAGCACCUGAGAGAGGAAAGAAGAAUUUUUCAGGGAAAUUAGAUGGUAUUUAAUUUGGUUGUUGUGGUAACUGUUAAAACAACUUUAUUAGUUAGUUUUAUUUUUAUUUUUUGGUCUUCAGUGUGACCAUGUAGAGGUCCACAAAUCUGGAAUAAUAUUCAAAGCUCUUUAAAGAUGCUAACAUCUUUCUCUGUCUUCAAACGGACUCUAACACAACAUUUGCACCUAACAUAUGUAUGAUUUUGAAUGCUGUAUAGCAAGGAAAACUUGUAAUCGAGGUCCGAUUAUUUCUAUGUGCCACUGUCUUCAUAUAUAGUAUUUUUUAUGUUAGAAUUUCUAGUAUAUCUUUAGGGUGUUUAGUGAUUUAGGUUAGUACAAUAAUGUACGUUGGCUAUGUAUAAUCUGAUGAUUGGGCCAAAUGACUAUUACAAUCAAAUAACUUCACAAAUAAACUGAAACUGUUUCUCUGUGAUUUGAAUUUAGUGUUCAGCUUUUUGGACAUCUUUUGGAGCACGUUUUAAAAUGUUUUUGAAUAAAGUUACACAG